AGCCGAUUGCUCGGAAGUUAGGCUGAAGCAGAGUUUAGAAGCAAGAGGGGAAAAAGUUUGCAUCGGGGCUGGAUUUAUUUGCACAUCGCAGGAAGAAGAGAAUCCAACGGAGAGGGGUUGGUGCAAAGCCGCGAUCACGGAAUUCAGAUGUGUUCUAAGCCUGCUGGGGUGAGCAUACUUCCAAGACCUGAUGGAGGCCAGAGCUCAGAGUGGCAGCGGAUCGCAGCCCUUGCUGCAGGCAGCCCGUGACGGUGGCAGGCAGCGUGGGGAGCCCGACCCCAGAGACGCCCUCGCCCAGCAGGUACACGUGCUGUCUCUGGAUCAGAUCAGAGCCAUCCGAAACACCAAUGAGUACACAGAGGGGCCUACUGUGGUCCCCAGACCUGGGCUCAAGCCUGCACCUCGCCCCUCCGCUCAGCACAAGCACGAGAGACUCCACGGUCUGCCUGAGCACCGCCAGCCCCCCAGGCCCCAGCACUCACAGGCCCACGCUUCUGCGAGGGCCACUCUGUCCAGGUCCGUCAGCACAGUCAGCUCGGGGUCUCGCAGCAGUACUAGGACAAGUACCAGCAGCAUUUCCUCUGAACAGAGGCUCUUGGGAUCAUCCUUCUCCUCGGGGCCUGUUGCUGAUGGGAUAAUCCGGGUGCAGCCCAAAUCAGAGCUCCAGCCAGGUGAGCUUAAGCCGCUGAGCAAGGAGGAUUUGGGGCUGCACGCCUACAGGUGUGAGGACUGCGGCAAGUGCAAAUGUAAGGAGUGCACCUACCCAAGGCCUCUGCCAUCGGAUUGGAUCUGCCACGAGCAGUGCCUUUGCUCGGCCCAGAACGUGAUCGACUACGGGACCUGCGUGUGCUGUGUGAAAGGCCUCUUCUAUCACUGUUCUAAUGAUGACGAGGACAACUGUGCUGACAACCCGUGUUCCUGCAGCCAGUCUCACUGUUGUACACGGUGGUCGGCCAUGGGCGUCAUGUCCCUCUUUUUGCCUUGUUUAUGGUGUUACCUUCCAGCCAAGGGUUGCCUUAAAUUGUGCCAGGGGUGUUAUGACCGGGUGAACAGGCCUGGAUGCCGUUGUAAAAAUUCAAACACAGUCUGCUGCAAAGUUCCCACUGUCCCACCCAGGAACUUUGAAAAACCAACAUAGCAUCAUUAAUCAGGAAUAUUGCUGUGAUAAGGAUUGUUCCCUUUUUUUUUCUUUCUUUUUUUUUUUUUUUUUAACACACACAUAUGCAACCAACUAAACAGUUAGAAAUCUUGGCACUGUUGAUAGAGGGUUGGGAUAUCCUUUGCUAUUUGCAGUGAAAUGCUUUUUGUCCAUGUGCCAUUUUACGCGUGUUAGAAUUCAGCUAAUGGAGCUCAGAGUAUGUGAUGCAGAUCUUGGCAACCUACAUGUUGCAUAAGCUAAAGCAACAGACACUCCUAGGCAAAGUUUUUGUUUGUGAAUAGUACUUGCAAAAUUUGUAAAUUAGCAAAUGACUUUUUUUCCCCGUUGUUUUCUCCAGAGAUAAUGUGCUAUAUUUUUGUAUAUACAAUAAUAUUUGCAACUGUGAAAAACAAGUUGUGCCAUACUAUAUGGCACAGUCACAAAAUAUUAUACUAAUAUGUUGUACAUUCGGAAGAAUGUGAAUCAAUCAGUAUGUUUUUAGAUUGUAUUUUGCCUUACAGAAAGCCUUUAUUGUAAGACUCUGAUUUCCCUUUGGACUUCAUGUAUAUUGUACAGUUACAGUAAAAUUCUACCUUUAUUUUCUAAUUUUUUCAACAUAUUGUUUAGUGUAAAGAAUAUUUAUUUGAAGUUUUAUUAUUUUAUAAAGAAGAAUAUUUAUUUUAAGAGGCAUCUUACAAAUUUUGCCCCUUUUAUGAGGAUGGGAUAGUUGCUGCAAAUGAGGGGUUACAGAUGCAUAUGUUCAAUAUAAAAUAGAAAAUAUAUUAACGUUUGAAAUUAAA